AUCAGCCAUUUCUGAUAAUCGGGAAAAUUGUCAAGUAGAAAGAAGCAUAUUGUUAUCAAGGCGGCUAUUUAGUGAGUCGUGCUAGUUGUGAAUUCUUUUACUUACAUUUAAUAUGACGUCGUCAUCAUCGUCAUCCAGACACCAGCAGCAGCAGCAACCAGAGGACGUAGAAGCCAACAUGGGUGUGGGUGCAAAUUGUGCUCGUGAGAGGCUGCCGUCCAUUGAUUUUGACUUGGACCGCUUUCCCUACUGCAUUGUUUGGACACCGAUACCAGUGCUAACCUGGAUACUGCCGUUUAUUGGGCACAUGGGCAUUUGCAUGGCCAAUGGAGUCAUCAGAGAUUUUGCUGGACCAUAUGUAGUUACUGAAGAUAAUAUGGCCUUUGGCCGUCCCACUCGUUAUUUGCGUCUACAUCCCAAGAAUGUCGAAGGUGGCUCCUACGCCUGGGACGAGGGUGUCUCCAAGGCAUCUGUACUCUACGGCACCCGAACUCACAACUUAUUUUGUGACAACUGCCACUCACAUGUCGCGACCGCUCUCAGCAAUAUGCACUACAAGGACAGCAGCAGCUGGAACAUGAUUAUUCUCUGCUUCUGGAUGUUUGUCUGUGGCCGUUAUGUUGGAAUCUGCGGAUUUAUUAAGACGUGGCUGCCAUUUCUAGUUCUGAUAACAGUUAUAGUAUUGCUAGCUGUAUACUUUUAAUACCUUUCACUAAUUAAAAUGAUCAAAAUAUGUA